UCGAAUGCUUCUGUGAUUUUGCAGAUGAAGAGGUUUUAUCAUUUCCGAGCGAACAACCCACGCUACUGUGCCAAUCUCUUGCCCAGCGUCGAGAGGAAAGUGUUGACCUCGGAGAUCGUGAUACCGUUACCAGAACGCACAAAGGACGGAUGCAGGUUGCUUCUGGUCAAUUCUGGGAAAAAAUGGAACCCGAAGACCAUUAGCCUUGACGAAAUAUUCCGUGCCGUCAUGCUAUCACUAGACGCGGCCAUGGCCGAGCCCAAAACUCAGAUCGCGGGUGUCCAAGUGAUAAUAGAUAUGGAUGGAUUUUCGCUGAGCCAUGUGACACAAUUCACACCGAGUUUCGCGGCGACUCUGACGGAGUGGGUCCAGAGAUGUUUACCCUGUCGCCUGAAGGGUAUACACAUAGUAAAUCAACCCUUCAUAUUCAACAUGGUCUUUGCCCUCUUCAAACCAUUCCUUCUGGUGAGCUUAAAAAAUAUUCAUGGCCGAUAUUCAAAUUAA